AUGGAUAUUCUCGCUUCAGUACUCUUGGCACUGUCGGGAGUCCUGUUCCUUCUCUUCCUCCGCAGGCUGGCGGUCAACCCCAGCAACCGCAAAAACAAACCCCUCCAGAUCCCGGAAAUCCCGGGGAGCUUGCCUUUCAUCGGCCACCUCCACCUCCUCGGCGGCAAGGACAUGCUGGCCAGGAAGCUGGCCGCCUUCGCCGACAAGCACGGCAGCAUGUUCACCAUCCGCCUGGGCUCCUACCCCACCGUUGUGGUCAGCGACUUCGAGUCCAUGAAGGACUGCUUCGUCAAGAACGACCGAGCCCUCGCCGCCCGCCCUCCUUCCACGCAGGGCAGGAUCCUCGGCAAAAACUUCGCGGUGAUCGGGUUCGCGUCGUACGGCGAGUACUGGCGCAACGUGAAGAAGCUCAUCAUCACCGAGGUCCUCUCCCUCCCCAGGAUCAGGGCCCUCAGGCACGUCCAGGUCUCUGAGGUCGACGUCCUCCUCAGAGACCUGCACAUGCAGUGCAGCAACAGCAGCCAGCUGGCUGAUGACCACCACGCUGUGGUGGUCAUCAGCGACUGGCUGCAGAACUUCGUUCUCAACAUCAUCACCCGGAUGGUGGCGGGGAAGAAGUACUUCGAGAACCUGACGGAUAGCGUCGGCGAGGUGGCUGACGGGGGAGGACGGCCCGUCAGGGAGCUCAUCAGGGAGUUCAUGGACGUGAACGGAUCGCUCGUGCUGUCGGAUUUGAUCCCGAUCCUUCGGUGGAUCGACGUCAAGGGGAUGAAGAAGGCCAUGAGGAGGAUUUCCAAGGAGUUGGAUGUGAUCGUGGACGGCUGGAUCGAGGAGCAUAAGGUGAAGAGGAACAAGUUGGGUGAGAAUUUGGUCCCUGAGGAUUUCAUUGACGUCAUGCUCUCAGUCGUCGAUGACAACUUCGAUCCUUCUUCCAAGCAUGACAAGGAAACCAUCGUCAAGUCAACCGCUAUGGCGGUGAUAAUUGCGGCGGCGGACACGACAUCGGUGACGUUGACGUGGAUGCUGUCGAACCUCCUGAACAACCGGCGGACGAUGGCGGCGCUGAAGCAAGAGAUGGACGAGAAAGUAGGAAAAGACCGAAUUGUCCAGGACUCCGACCUCGAGAACCUCACCUACCUACACGCCGUGAUACGUGAAACGCUGCGGAUGCAUCCUGCGGGGCCCAUCUCGGUGCCGCGCGUGGCGUCGGAGGACAUCACCAUCCGCGGAUACCACGUGCCGAAGGGCACGCGCUUCUUCGCCAACUUCUGGAAGCUUCACCGGAACCCGGAGAUGUUUUCCGAGCCGGACGAGUUCAGGCCGGAGAGGUUUUACGACAAGGAGGUCAAAGUGGACAUCUACGGCCGGGACUUCGAGUACCUGCCGUUUGGCACCGGGCGGCGGUCGUGCCCCGGGAUGAACUUCGGGAUGCAAGUUGUGCAGCUGACGGCGGCGAGGCUGAUCCAGGCGUUUGACUUCGGGACGCCGUUUGACCUGCCGGUGGACAUGACGGAGGCGGACAGCACCACGCUCGCCAAGGAGAAGCCGCUGGAAGUCGUGCUCACCCCGCGCCUUUCUCCCGAGCUUUACCACCUGCCUUUGAUUAAUUAA